AUGAUGGCAGAUAGCGACAUGAAAAAGCCGGUCAGUACCGCCGGCGAUGCGGUCCGUGACUUGCCUAGCGAAGCCGAUGCGGGAUCGGCCGACCAAAUGCUCGUGUCCCUCGGUUACACUCCCGAGCUGUCGCGGAAUCGGUCCACCCUACAGGUCGCUUUCAUGUCUUUCGUCCUGGCAUCGAUUCCGUACGGUUUAGCUACGACCCUCUAUUACCCUCUGGUCGGAGGCGGACCGGUCAAUAUCAUCUGGGGAUGGGUUGCUGUGUCGAUGAUUAUUAUUUGUGUUGCCGCAUCUCUCGGAGAAAUUACGAGCGUAUAUCCAACUGCUGGCGGUGUCUAUUACCAGACUUUCAUGCUUGCACCUCCUCGCUGGCGUCGCAUUGCUGCUUGGACCUGUGGUUGGCUUUACGUGGUCGGAAAUGUUACCAUUACCUUGGCCGUCAACUUCGGCACGACGUUAUUUUUGAUCGGAUGCGUCAAUGUGUUUGAGACUGCGGAUGGUCAAGAUCUGCUCGCCGGCGAAUCCUAUCAAGUCUUCCUCAUCUUCCUAGCCAUUACGCUACUUUGCAAUGCCGUUUCGUCUCUAGGCAAUAAAUGGCUGCCCAUUCUCGAUACCUUUGCAAUUUUCUGGACCUUUGCCGGUGUUAUUGCUAUCAUGGCAUGCGUCUUGGCUAUUGCUAAGGAAGGUCGCCACGAUGCCAGUUGGGUAUUCACGCAUUUCGAGGCUAACUCUGGCUGGACACCCGGUUGGUCUUUCGUCGUCGGUCUCUUACAUGCCGCCUAUGCUACUUCUUCUACCGGCAUGAUCAUCUCCAUGUGCGAAGAGGUCCGAGCGCCGGCUACGCAGGUACCCAAGGCAAUGGUAUUGACGGUAUGCAUCAACACCGUAGCUGGGUUGAUGUUUAUGAUUCCGUUAGUGUUCGUUCUUCCCGAUAUUCAAGGACUCGUUGUGCUCGCCCAACCCGUCCCGGUGAUUAUCAAGAGCGCUGUUGGAAACUCAGGGGGCGCAUUCGGUCUGCUAAUCCCUCUUCUCGUUUUGGCGCUCAUAUGCGGCAUCGGCUGCACAACUGCGGCAUCGCGCUGCGUCUACGCAUUUGCUCGCGACGGCGCCAUUCCCGGCUCAAAGUGGUGGAAGCAAAUCAACCAUAACCUCGACGAUGUUCCCUUGAACGCGAUGAUGCUCAGCAUGGCUGUUCAAAUCAUCCUCGGCCUCAUUUACUUCGGAUCAUCGGCUGCUUUCAAUGCUUUCUCGGGCGUCGGAGUUAUUGCGCUGACGGCGUCUUAUGCUACACCAAUCAUCGUCAGUAUGCUCAAUGGACGCCAGACCGUCCGCACCGGCAGCUUCUACCUAGGUCCAAUCGGAUGGUUUUGCAAUAUCGUUUCUUUAUGCUGGUCUCUAUUGGCCAUUCCAUUAUUCUGUAUGCCAACUACGGUUCCGGUGUUGGAUCCCUCUCUUAUGAAUUACGCUUCGGUGGUCUUUGUAGGGUUUACGGCAAUUUCGGCUGGAUGGUAUGUCGCCUGGGGCCGUAAGAACUACUCCGGCCCUCCGACGUGA